CACCGAACGAGCUAGUGUCUGUGUGUGUAUAGCUUCAUCCUCUUGAUUGAUUAUAUUAUUUAUGCCAUAACAUUCGUCAGGCGGUGGCAGGCCCUGCUUGAUUACUCUCUUCUCCUUUUUUCUAGCAUACACCACAAUUAUCAAGUAUAUCAUCGGAUCCAACCAGAAUCACAAAAGAUGGCCUCCCCCUCCCCCUCCGCUUCCCUCAGCACCUCCGCCUUCAUGGUCUCCUCCCAAGACAAGCACUACUCCUCCGCCUCAGAUGACGAUGUCGCCUCCCUCCCUUCCGAAUCCACCUCCGCAUCGGACCUCGACUCCCUCGACUCGGACUACUCGGACGCCGAAGAAGAAUGGCGCGAAAGCAUCGAGCAAUUAGAGUUGUUGUUGACGAUGGUGCUGGUGCCUUUUGUGGGGAAGUACUUGGGUAGGAAGUGUGCUUAUUGGAGCUGGACCAGAUUCAUGGAAUGGAAGUACCCGGUUGAAGUCGUGGUUACCAAACCUGGCGUGUUCAAGGGGACGGGAGCUGUGGAGGCAAUGGCCCCGAUAUAAGCAUCUUUCUUCACUUCUUUCUUUCUUUCCUCUCUUAUUGGGGAAGAGGAGUAUGGGUUUGUGUUUUUUGAAGGGGGUGGGGUAGAUUUGUUGAAUUUCUUUUGUUGGUUUUGGUGUUAUUUACAUAUUUGUCCUGCUCUGUUUUAUACUUUCUUUAUGUGUGAGGGGGUGUGGUAGAGACUACUCAUUGAUUGAUUGAUGAAUGGUGGUGGUGGUGGUUAUGGCAUAGCAUACAUGCAUGAUCUGACUUUCCUUAGUAUAAUAUACCCAAUUCCAAAUACUAUC